AGAUAAUUCUCGUAAUGGACUCUCUUAAAAAGAACUGGUUUACUGAGGCAUGCGAAUUAUGGCCUGGAGGCACGUUUUCGUUCGAAGUGAAGGAGGUGCUUUGUGAUGAGAAAUCUGAAUACCAACAUGUUCAAGUUUUUGAUACUACAAGUUUAGGUAAAGUUUUGGUACUGGAUGGAAUCAUACAGUGUACUGAGAAAGACGAAUUUUCUUAUCAGGAGAUGAUAUCAUUCCUGCCUUUAUGUUGCCACAAAAAUCCUGAAAAAGUACUAAUUGUGGGUGGAGGUGAUGGUGGAGUAGCCAGAGAAGUGGCCAAGCAUCCUAAAGUGAAACAAAUUGUUCAGGUGGAAAUCGACGCAAAAGUAAUAGAAGUAUCAAAGAAACACCUCCCAUUCAUGGCCGUAGGCUUCGACAGUCCAAAGCUGACACUGCACGUCGGCGACGGGUUCGAGUUCAUGAAGCAGCACAGCGCAGAGUUCGACGUGAUCAUCACCGAUAGCAGCGACCCCGUCGGCCCGGCUGUCAGUCUGUUCCAGGAGAAUUACUUCAGCUUGAUGAAGAGUGCCUUGAGGGAGGGCGGGAUUGUGUGCUCGCAGGCGGGUACUAUUUGGAAUGAUUUGGAACUUGUCAGGAGUACACUAAGCCAUUGCAGAAAACAGUUCCCCUCAGCGGCCUACGCCUACGCGUCAGUACCGACCUACCCGUCCGGCCAGAUCGGGUUCGUGAUCGGCUCUCUCACCCCCAACGUGCGCUUCGACGUUCCCACCAUUACCUUUACAAAAGACGAGGAAGCUGCUAUGAAACUGAAGUACUAUAACUCGGAGGUGCACAAGGCUGCGUUCGUGCUGCCGACGUUUGUUAAAUAUCAGCUCGCGUAGGUACUUAUCUCAGAACUGGUCUAUAUAGUUAACGGUACAUUUAAGCAUAGAUAAUGUGUAUCAUUGUAAACAUGUGACACUUCAUAGUAAACAUUUUUUACUUAGUUAUGUUACAGGUGAAAUAUGGCAAUGAUAGUGCUCUUAACGCGAAAUACUCGCUAUGGCCAAAGUUAUGGUCAAAAUUAAUGUAAGUCAUGAGCAUAGUCUUGCAUAGUGUUGUAGUUUUCAAGUCAGUUUGAGAUUCUGUUGUCUAUUGUAUAAGAAACCGCAAACCGGAGGCGCCAUAAAAGGUUUAGAUGGCUAUUUAAAGUUUCUCUAUUAUACUCCUUAUGGCCCUAGGCAAUAUAGUCCUCAUCGAUUUCGACGACGGCGACCUCAGCAAUUACGGAUUACGCCUGUUAUGGGCCCGUUUGCAGGUGUUACAAUAGAGUUGGCCUUUUGUACCUGUCUUAUUAGCCCUUUGAACGCCACAGACGGCAAUUGACGUCAACGCAAAAUCGUGACAACGACGCCAAAGACGGCAUUAGACGUCGAUCGUUUUUUGAUGAAAAUCUACUGAAAUACACCCCACUUUUAGGUUGGCAUUAUUUAUUCACAAAACUAAAUUUUACCCCCGUGGCGUCAGUGGCACGGCAAAUGGAUGCGCCGUUUGGCGUUCAAAAGGUUAGCGCGUGCCGGCCUUUUUGGUGCAGUACCUACAGUUUAAUAUGUUCUUACCUACUGCUUAAGGCCAUAGAGAUGAUGAUAGAUAAAUAAUAAAUAGCGUUCUGAAGCUUUUUUUUUGCGCCUCCGGUUUGCGGUUUCUAAUACAAUGGAAUCCCAAACUAAUAGUUCAGCUUGCAAACUAUAAACCAUAGUUUCGUAGCGUGUGCCGCUGUGGGAAGUUAAAAUUUUAUAAGUACUCCACUAACUCUAAAGUAUGAAAUAACAAGUAGGUUAUUUUCUCUCGAGCAUGAACAGUUUUAUUAGAACAAAAUCAAAAUGUGAAAUACCCUAGUUUAAUGCAAUGCAAUAUGCAAUAAGGAAAGGCAUUUCAUACUGUUGUUUUUAGAUGUUUUCACUGUUGGCUAAUUGUUAAUUUUUACUUAUUUUUUAAGACAUAUAAAAUGUAAUGUGCCUUCUAAAUGUGUCUUCGUGCUCCGUGCAAAACUUUGUUCAUGGAUCAUGGAGCACUUAUUUUUAUAGUAUGUACCUAUCUAAAAAAUAUAUAUUUUUAUACAACUGUUCCUCAUUAUUCCAUAUCUUUGAAAUAUAUCGGUACAAAGUACCUACCAAUAUGUUUUAAUUGGGUUAUUUGGUUUAAUAUGGUUAUAAUGUAAGACUGAAUGUUAUAAGACCAUACCUACAUAUUUGUGUCGCUUAACUUCAAACUCGGAUAAAUCCAUUCGACCUCAGCAUCCUACCGUACCCUAUCAACACAGGUGGAUUUACCCGAGUUUAAAGUUAAGCUACUUAUUUGUACGUUUGAUAUGCGCUUGUGAAGCUUG